UUAACGAAAAAAAAAAUAAGCCUAAGAAAAUAAAACGAACUAACUAAAGUUUUCAGUUCCCAUUGAAGCUAGAGAAGCGUCCGUGUCUGUGCGUCCAGGAACAGACACACACGCCAUCCGUACAUGCUUAUAUCCUUGGCCAGGAACCCUUGAUAAGCGUCAAACAGUUGACAAUUCCAUUUCAAUUUGUCAUUAAAAUCACCUGAUGUGUGUGGGUGACUUUCUAGAAUGCCAGAAUAUGUCAGGAGUAUGACCUAAUUUCCAUAAGAAGCACAGGCGACAGCUACAGCAACAGCAACAGCAGCAUCAAGGCUUAGGUCAGGAUAACAAGUCAAAAGCAAAGCAAAUCGUAAACGAAACGUACCGAAGUAACCCACCCACCCGCGGCAACUAGCACUCCCCGCCGCACAAUCCAUAGAUACAUAUAUAUAUACAGAGAUAAGACAAGAGGCACUUGACUGGCUUCCUAGGUGGUCCCCCAUCCCCUGCCCUCCCCUGGUGGAACCCAAAAUACAAAAUUGUAUAUUGUAUUCCUUUCGAGUAUGGAAGAAUUGUGCUAUGUCGUGCUCAGUUGCCUGCUGGUUAUAGUGGUGCUCUAUGGACUCCUGGAGUUGCACUACUUCCUGCGCAUGUGCCUGUGUGUGGUCCUGGCACGUUUUGUGAAGCGACGCUGUCACAUUCUGGACUCCACAACGGUGAAUGGUUUGUGCCUCAGCAACGAUGUGGACACAUUGCUCUAUCACAUGAACAAUGCCCGUUACUUUCGUGAGCUGGAUUUCGCCCGUGUGGAUUUCUAUGAGCGAACCAAAUUGUAUAGAACGAUUACAGGAUUGGGUGGAUCGGUGUUUCAGGGAGCAGCUACCAUACGAUAUCGUCGCUUCAUACGACCGUUUCAUCGUUUCAAUAUAGUAUCGAGAAUUAUCUACUGGGACGAGCAGUCGCUGUUCAUGGAACAUCGUUUUGUUCGGCCCUCGGAUAAGUUUGUCCAUUGCAUAGCCAUUUGUCGGCAACGUGUCAUCGACGUCUCCAUGGAGACGGUCAUGUCCGCUCUCUUGAAUGCUGCUACAUCCUCUCGGGCAUCAGUAACAACUCCUCUGCCGUUGCCGUUGAGUUCACCGACUAGUCACCAGCCAGGUGGGAUUAGCAAUCCCGCCAUGGAACCCUCACAUGCCGAAAACGGUCAUGCCCACAGUCAACAGCAGCCGCAGCAGCAGCAGCAGCAGCCGCAACAGGUCUUGUCCACAGUCAAGCUGAAGCCCCCACUGCCUCCGGAGUUGGGAAAAUGGAUUGAAUACAAUGAUAUGUCCAGCAAGAAUUUACGCAGCGGCUGCUGACCUGGGGACCCACCACUUAAUCCUACUCUUGAUAUUUUGUUACUAUUUCCUACUCAUUUCAGUUUUUGUGUGAGUCUGUGUGUGUGAAAUGUGCAAAGUUGUUUAUCUGUGUGUAAGUGUGUGUGUGUGUGUCAAGUGUUUAACUAACUGUAAGAUGUCUAUGUAUGUAAAAUGGCCCUAGGCAAGUUCCAAGUUCCUCGUCUCCCCAAUAUCCUUUCCCAUUCCCCAUCAAAUGGUAGUCCAAUGUUUGUGUAUAUAGGAUUACAAGAACCUUAGUCAUAGUACUUAAAAAAAAAGGCAUAAACUUGUGCUUAGUCUUCUGUAUGUAUAGAAAAUGGCAAUGAUGAUCAA